GAAGCCCGGAAGGAGGGGCAGGGGGCGGUGGUUCAGGUUUCUCCGGGCGGUGGCGGCGGUGGCGGCGGCGGCGGCGGUGGCGGGAGCAGUAGCGGGAGCAGCAGCGGGGACGCGGCUGGAGCUGGCGCCAUGAACCUGCUGUAAGGCGCAGGCUGUGCAGCACGGGCUGCGGGGGAGGAGGAGGACGCCGCGGUGAAGUUCUCCGCCAUGAACCUGAGGGGCCUCUUCCAGGACUUCAACCCGAGUAAAUUCCUCAUCUAUGCCUGUCUGCUGCUGUUCUCUGUGCUGCUGGCCCUUCGUUUGGAUGGCAUCAUACAGUGGAGUUACUGGGCUGUCUUCGCUCCAAUAUGGCUGUGGAAGUUAAUGGUCAUUGUUGGAGCUUCAGUUGGAACUGGAGUCUGGGCACGAAAUCCUCAAUAUCGAGCAGAAGGAGAAACAUGUGUGGAGUUUAAAGCCAUGUUGAUUGCAGUGGGCAUCCACUUGCUCUUGUUGAUGUUUGAAGUUCUAGUCUGUGACAGAAUCGAGAGAGGAAGCCAUUUCUGGCUCCUGGUCUUCAUGCCGCUGUUCUUUGUUUCCCCGGUGUCUGUUGCAGCUUGUGUUUGGGGCUUUCGACAUGACAGGUCACUAGAGUUAGAAAUCCUGUGUUCUGUCAACAUUCUCCAGUUUAUAUUCAUUGCCUUAAGACUGGACAAGAUCAUCCACUGGCCUUGGCUUGUAUGUUGUGUGUGUCCUGGCUAGAUUCUCAUGUCUUUUCUGUGCCUGCGGUCCUCUCUUACUACAUCGUGGUGGUCCGCCUUGUUCUUGGCGCCUAUGGAUGUGAUUGUUGAGCAGCGCAGGGACACACAUAAACCAUGGUCUGAGCUGAUGACCAUCGCCGUGCCCUUCUUACGCUUGAGGAUUCUGCUGGUUCACACUGAUGGCCACAACGCCUUCUAUCUCCCGAUUUUGUCCCCUUGGCCUCUCUUGAUCAUCACGCUGAUGGCAACCACAUUUGGACAGAAGGGGAGGAAACCACUGUGGUUUGCAUCCAGAAGAUUUCUGUCGCUUCUGCUGAAAUCUUCCCAUUUCUACGAAUAUGAAUAUUCUACAGAUCUCCAUCACGAAGAUAAUGAAGAAACCGUAGAGACCCCAGUUCCAGAGCCUCCCAAAAUCGCACCCAUGUUUCACAGAAAGAAGGCCAGGGUGGUCAUUACUCAGAGCCCUGGGAAGUAUGCCCACCCUCCCAAAUUAAAUAUCGAAAUGCCAGAUUAG